UCAAGUUUUGAGAAUCAAAAAAUCAUGGAAGGAAACCAUUUAAUCGGUCAUCGUCGCCGGCACCGUCAAACAAAUAUAAACGAAGAUCACUCAACCGCCACCGCCACAACAUCAACCACCACCGCCAACAACGGCGGCCGUAGCUUUCGCCGCUUCAGAAGUAUCGGCGGCGACGAAGGAGGAGGAGGAAGAAGAGGAGAAGAAGGCGAUAUAGGGCAUGGUGACGGCAGUGAAGUAUGGGGCGCCUUUUCAGAGAAGUUCCAGCAGGUUCAGUCGUUUUUAGAUCGGAAUAGAUUUCUGAUUCAACAGGUGAACGACAAUCAUCAGUCGAAGAUUCAGGAGAAUCUGGUGAAGAAUGUUGCGUUGAUUCAGGAGAUUAACUCGAAUAUAUCCAAGGUUGUCUCUCUUUAUUCAGAUCUGUCUGCUAAUUUUUCCAAUUCGUUUCAGCAACGAAAUGGAAAUAAGUAGUUGAGUUUGAUUUGGGUUUAUUUUGAAUAAAAACAGCACUAUGAUUUCAAAACUUGUUUACUAGCUAGUUUGAUUCCUCUUUAUUAAGAAUGUAUUUACUUAAUGU